AUGGAGGGAAGCAGAGUUUCAGACUUCAGCAUCGAGCGCAUCCUCUCUCCUCAGGUUGGACACAAGGACUUUUCCGCUGAUGGAUAUCUGCGGGGGGUCCCCGGCGGUUUCUGUCUGGACUCGGGGAACUUGAGGGCUCCCGCAUCGGUCCCCGUGCCGGUGCCGGUCCCGGUGUUUGUGUCUGGGUGCGUGCAGUACCGAGGGGUGAGCUUCGGUGACGCGUUUAACCCGUAUCACACAGACUUCACCGGGAUUUAUCCAAACUCUGGAGUUUUCAUGCACUUCAGCCACGACUCUGCAGAUGCUCAGUCCAUGGCGGGAUUCAACGGCUUCCAUCAGGUCCCGCCGCAGACGCGGCAGAAGUCCCGGAUGAGGACGGUGUUUACCGACUCUCAGACCAAACAGCUCGAGGCUCUGUUCGAGCUCACCGACUACCCGGCGGUGGAGGCGCGCGCUGAGGUGGCGAGGAGCACCGGGCUGAGCGAGGAGACCGUCAGGGUGUGGUUUAAGAACCGCAGGGCCAGGAGGAAGCGCAGCGGGUCAAAGGUCAAAUCCUCCUCUCCUCCCCCUCCUCCUCCCAGCGCUGAAGCAGAGAGGAAGGUUUUCACCUCCAUCCUCUGAUACUGAUGAUCCGUGCACCGGAGACUCAAACUCAUCCUGCACUGACGGACUUUACCUUGUCCUCUCCAGAGGUCCAGCUGGCUGAAUUCUGCUCAGGGGAACUUCAGCAGAGCCGAUUCUGGCUGGAUUCUCCAGACAUGCUCAGCAAGUGAAAAGACUGUUGGUGAUCCAACAAAUCGCUUGUGAACUGGAGGAAAAUCACACACCUGACACUUCCUUGCUCGGCCUGAGUUGGCAGUUUUUAAAAUGUUUUGUAUUUUUUGUUUAAUUUAUUGAAAAUCGCUGUGUAGAUUUUAAACACAUCACGUCACAUCAUGUAAGCCUGAGUGGUUUCAUAAAGAAAUAAAUGUGGUUAUCAUGAUUUAAAAGAAGUUCGGUGUUUGUUAUUUACUUGUCCUCCGCCCCCUGGUGGGUUUAUCCUCGCUCUGCAGCCAGUAGCUUUCAGCAGCUUUCAUGGACUUUGUUACAGAAAGGAUGUUGGUUAAUUUUAAAAAGGUUAAAGUCACAAUAUCAUUUACUGAUAUUCCAAAUAUUUUAGAAGGUUAAUAUGUUUAAAACAUCCUUAGAAACUAGAGACAUAGAAAGAAAGGUUAAAAUAAAAAUCUGUGCCCUUUAAUUUGAUUGCAAAACUAACUGCAUGUUUGGGUACGAGUCUAUGAGCUCGGCACACCUUGGGAAUAUUUUCCUGUUCUUAUUUGCAAAAACAUUCUGGAGCUGAUUUGUCAGAUUUUCCUCGAGCCUCCAAAACAUGAUGCUGCAGCCAUCAUGCUUCAACAUUAACAUAUGGUUCUUUUGCUGCUGUGCUGAAUGAAUCGGUGUUACAUGCUCUCUCCUUUAAGUCUGAUAUUCAUCUGACUCUCUUUAGUGGAAUAACGAGAUAAUGGAAUGAUUAUCCAUCAUGGAAUAAGAAGGAUUUAAUGAGACAGAGCUGCAGGCGAGAGGUUUUCCUUUAAGCAAGAAGCUCAGGUUGACAUAUAUUAGUUUUUAUUACCCGACAAACGUAGAAAAUAUUAGUUAAUGAGCAUUAGAGUGCACUUGCACUUCCACAAAGUCAAACAAUGAAUAAAUAAUCCAAAUUGCUCUCAAGUGACUCAAUGGAUGGGCGAUUCAAGUUCUAGACAACUUUUACUGCAGCUUAUUUCCUUUGUUAUUUGUGUAUUUUUAGAUUCUUUAAUGAUUUGACCUUGAAGUAAUUUGAGUAAAAGCAGCAGACAGGAGAAGUACAAAAACAUCAAAUUCUUUAUUAUAUUCAUAGAGUCAUCACUGUUAUUAUUAGAAGCAUUUCCAUGCUGAUGAGAAGAAGAUACACACAUCGAAAAAAAAAUCAAAUCAGAAAAUACUGAGAACGUUAGAGAGAGAGAGAAACAGCAUCAUGCAGUGAGUGUCUGUAUCAGUGAGUGUCUGUUAGGUGGAGGACGUCUGACUCGUUCUCCGAUGUUUUCAAAAACUGGAGCGACUGUAACCGAGCACAAAGUAACACAAACACGCACGCGCACACACACACACACUACAAAAACCAGAGAA